AUGUCCAAACAGCAUCUGAUCGAAUUCGCCAUGGGCUUCGUCAAUAGAGAGGUCACGUUCCUCUGGGUCAUGCGGCCCGAUCUUGUCACAGGAGAGUCGGCGGCUCUUCCGCCGGAAUUUCAGGAGAAGGUGGAUAGGGUCGUUUUCAUCUCGGGUUGGUGCCCGCAUGUAACAACUGGAUCGUCUCAGCAAGGAAUAUGA